AUGCCAACUACCGCAUCCGCUUCUUUCACCUCCGGAGCCGACGGCGGUCCCACUUCCCUCGUCGCUCGACUCUCCUCCGGCGACCCCGAUGUCAAGCUGAGGGCCCUGAGGGAAGUCAAGAACCAGAUAAUCGGCAGCAAGACCAAAAAGCUCGGCUACAUAAAGCUCGGCGCCGUACCCCGCGUCGCCUCAAUUCUUUCCGCCGCAAUUGCCGACGGCGACUGCUUCCAGCCAGCUCCCGCCGCUUCACCACGGGGAAUGCUCGGCUAUUCCAGCAAUGUCGUCGUCCAAUCGGCGGCAGCUCUCGGCAGCUUCGCCUGCGGAUUCGACGAGGGAGUUCAGGCAGUUCUCGCCGCCGGCGCUCUGCCGCUUCUGGUUAGACUGCUCGAUCAUCCCGACGACAAAGUGGUGGAUGUUGGUGCUCGAUCCCUGAAAAUGAUCUACCAGUCCGAAUUUGCUCCCAAAUAUGAAAUCCUUGAACGCAAAAGCUUGGAAUUCCUGGUUUCCUUACUGAAUAGAGAGGGUGAAAACGUUACUGAAUUAGGUGCCAGUAUCAUAGCUCAUUCUUGCAGGACAGUUGAAGAGCAGAAAACUAUGCUCGAGGCUGGGGUUCUGAAGAGGCUUGUCAGCCUCCUUGAUGGGAGUGUAGGUCAGAGAGAUGCUAGCUUAGGUUCUCUUGCUGCUGCUUUCAGAAACAACGCUGAAGUAAUUACAGAGUUUAUGGGACCUCAUGGCGGGAAACCGUUUAAUGCCAUAUUUAGGCUGACCGUGGAUAGCAACCCCAAGACGAGGUUGCUUGCUUGCCAGUGCUUGAUUGUCAUUAGGAAUGCUACCGAUUGCUAUGUCCAGGAAUUAGGGUUCAAAAGGAAGUUGGUCACUACUCUCCUUGAGCUCCUUGAUGAUCCAGGUCAGGUUGGAGAUGAGUGCCCGUUUGUAUUGUCUAGUCUGGUUGAGGGGAAGGAGGACCUACAUAAGAUAGCUCUUGAAGCGGAUGCUAUGGUUAAACUCCGUAAUUGCAUGGAUAAGGAAAAUGUCAAUCCUAGGCGUCUUCGUGGUGUAUUGUUGGCCUUGGCUGAUCUCUGCUCAAAGUUAGAAAGCUGUAGAUCGACAUUCUUAUCCAUGAAGGUCUUGAAACCACUUACCGGUUUCCUAAACCAUAAGGAGGAAGAUAUACGAAUUGCAGCUUGCACCUGCUUAAAAAAUGUUACUCGAUCAGUCAAGAAUUUGUGUGCUGGUUACUUUAUGAAAAAUGAAGCCCUCGUCAAUGCUUUGAUUCUUUUGCUAACGGAUGCUUCAGAGGAAGUGCAGGUUGCAGCUCUUGGUGUUGUGAGCAACAUUGUUGUUGAUUUCACUACACAUAAGUCGAUGUUUGUUGCACAUGAAGGCAUGCAGCAGCUUUUUUGUUUGUCAAAAUCAAUGGUUCCAGCUGUUAGGUCAAAUGCCCUGCGGGCUUUGAGGAACAUGACGUUCCUUGCUGAUGAUAAAUGCAAAGAAGCAAUUUAUUUAGGGAUGACUCCAUCACUGAUUGCAAAUCUUAUACGUGACGAUGAACUUUCCGUUAAGGAGCAAGCUUUGGCCCUUGUUCGCAAUCUUGUUGAUGGAAGCGUUGGGUCAAUUGAGCAAGUUUUUGCUGAUGAUAGUAUUAUUUUAGAUGCUGUUGGAAGCCAAUUACAGUGUUGUCCAAACGCUGAAGUUUUGUUACAGGGAAUCUAUGUGCUGGGAAACAUUGCCUGUGGAAAUGAGAUUCAUAAAGAAGCAGUUACGUGCCUGCUUUUCCCAUUAGCGGGAAGGGGCCCCGAGCCUUUCUUUGUCAACUUCUUGCUGAGUUCUGACAGUAGAUUGCGCCUUGCUACUAUCUGGGUCCUUAUAAAUCUCACCUUGCCAUCUCCUGGAGCAUUGAAGCGUCAAGAAAGACUACAGAAUGAAGGGGUACUGUCCAUAGUAAGAAGUAUGGUCAAUGAUCCUUGCUUGGAUGUGAAGAUUAGAGUAAGAACAUUGCUCACCCAGACUGAGCAUUUUGGUGACUUUUGA